AUGGGUUCAAUUGCCACACCAGACGAACACAUAACCCCUUCCUCCCUUCCCCCACCCCAAGAUCCGCAGUCUGUUCAAGAAACCAUCACCGCCCUCUCCCUUCUCCAACACUUUGAAGGCGGCUACUUCGCCGAAACAGACCGCGCCGUAACUUCCAUCCCCUCCCCCUUCCCCUCGACGCCCGCGAACCCAAAAACUCUCGCCAUGAUAGGCGGCCACGACCGUCCAGGUUUCGAUCCCGGCCGCCGUGAUAUCUCCUCCAGCAUCUUCUACUACCUCGCACCGUCCUCGCCCGUGGGUCAUUUCCACCGAAACCGCUGCCGCAUCACACACUCCUUGCACAGCGGGCGCGGCCGCUACGUUCUGAUCCACGAGGACGGCAGUGUCGAGAGUUUCGUAGUGGGGAAGAACGUGGCCGCGGGCGAGAGGCUGCAGUGGGUCGUCGAAGGAGGCGAUUACAAGGCCAGCUUCCUGCUGCCGGACAAGGACGAGAGCAAGGAGGCGAGCGACGGAUUGCUAAUCACCGAGGUUGCGGUACCAGGGUUCGAGUUCUGCGAUCAUGAUUUCCUGACGAAAGAAAGACUGAGUGAGGUGGUGGGUGGGGAGAAAGCCAAGAGGCUGGAGUGGCUGGUACUCAAAGUAUGA